UUUUUCCCUUUGGUGAUUAUUUUUUCCUUUGGUGAACGAAGGCGGGCGGUAUGUUUAAUAAAUUGCCGCGUUUUCGGAAAAGUCUCUAUGUUCUCCUCGCUGAUGCUCUUUCUCUCUCUUUCUUUUUACUUGCCUAAACUAUUCUUCCUUUAGUUCAACUUCAAGUAAAAUAUUUCUUUCUCUUUUUCUUUAAUAACUAAAAAUAAAACAUGACACAAAGUACUGACUUAUCUCAAAAAACUUAUUUUCUUAAAAAAAUGAAAUUUUAUGUAAUAUACUUAUCUGAUUCUAUAACGCACGGUACGUUAACCAAUUUCCAAAUUCGGCACAGCCGUAUUUUCCUUUGCAAUAUAAUACACAUACAGAAACACAAAUAAUUCGCUAUUAACCUCGCGCACGUCAUUAACUACGAACUGUCGUAUCAUCGCCGUGAAACUUGUAGCGGAUUCGACCGUCAAUCAUUUACGUGGAAAAGCGAUGACAAAACGUGCAUUUCUCGGAUCUACACGACUUUUCUUAUAAGAGAUUAUUAUUAUUAAUCGUACGAUUUAUAGACAUAUUACUUAAUAUUUAUUUAUUUUUUACUCUCGCAAAGCGAAUAACAGCGAUUUAUCAUCAUAUCAAUAUACUUAUAGUAUACAUCAACACUUUAUAGAGACCUGUCACAGGUAAAUCUUAAUGCCCUCUAGUGUUAAAUUCAUGUAAUGGACAUCAACGACGAUGACGUAUCUUAAAUGAAAAAUGAAAAAUUUGGUAUUUGCGUCAAAAUAUCUCCACUCGUAGGGCACGUAGAGUAAAAAUAAAAAUAGUUUUCUUAUAGAAAUCAAACCCAAACUUUCGAUUGAGCUUAGUUAGAACUCGAUCGGUUUAGUCGUUAUUGAGAUCUGGUAAUUUCAGGUGCUCGCAAGUCGCGUACUCGCGUAUAAUACACGGGGCGGUCUCGCGCUGCGCGUUUACUUGGCGCGAGACACUACCGUAUGUCUCUUGAUACGUAUCAGUAACCUGUAUCUUUUGCAACGACCUGUAGGCAAGGAAAGUCGGAGCAACAUAGAAUGGAAAGUGCUUGGCGGCAAGGUCUUUGAUUUACGCGCCCUCUGAAUAAGAAGAGCAAGGUGAAAAUUACUUAAUGACUUGUUUCAUGUUUCAGGACUUUCAGGCACAGUAUACAAGUAGCGAAUCUGUCGGCAUUUUUGAUGUUGGUGAAGCCAAAAAUCGGAUAUGCAUCUGUAACGAUAAAUUAGAGAGAAAUUCAACUUGCUGUAAGCGUUACGUUUUCUGGUUUCACAUAUCGAAGAGAGUUGCGCUACUGUAUAUUGUUCAGGAUAAUUAAAAAAAGCUACUCAUGCUGUGAAUCGCUAAUUAUGAGUCAUCAUGUGUGCGCGCCGCAUUGAAACAGAUGACGUACUGACACGUUCUAGACACGAUGUUUAUAAAUAAUGAAAUUUCAUUUAGCAAUGGACAGCGAUAGAGCGUAUACAAAACAGCAGUAGUUAGUAAUCUUCGCCACGCCGCCACGCCGGUUGUCCCGUUCCUGAGUCGAGUCAACGUAUGUAUCGUGGAACGUGUGUAUUUGUAAGCGGGGACGUGUAAUCGCUAGGUGGCCGUGCCGUUCAAAGUUAGAGAGGUGAAGGGUCAAAUAGUGCUACGAAACGCGCCUGUCGAUGCCGCGAUGGUGAGCUGAAGUGGUAUCGGGACGAUGGCGAAAGUCGUGAGAGACUUCGACUCGGUGCCUACGGUUUUGUUGUGCGAGCACUGCUCUAAUCAAACGUUCAAGCAAACUCAAGACUUCGUCAGGCAUUUGAGAGAUCAACAUUGUUCUAGAGAAGGUGGAUCUUUCGUAUGCCUCUAUGGCUAUAAUGGGGUAUGCACUAGUCUUCCUGUGGAAGGUGUUUCUGAUAAAGAUUAUAUAGCGCAUGCUACUAAGCACGCAGUUAUGCAACAACAACGAAAAAGCAAUGGCCAGUUAUCCGAGGCAGGCUCGGGAUGGACUGUGUAUUCCGCCACGCAAAAUCUACCUGCGGUUCUAAACGAUCCAUUUAAAGGAAAACAGAGUAACUUUUUAACUCGUACCUGGGGAGAUGGAUUUGUGGAGAAGGUGGAUAUUCCAAAGAGUCCAUAUCUUCCUGAGAUCACAAAGCAACAUUUUGAAAUGUAUUUGAAAAAAAUUGCAAGGAGAUAUCGAAAACAUUCACGUAUGAAUUCAAAUGCCAAUAAACCAACUACUCCAAAUGAAUUACUCCAAAAUUUUCCAAAUCUUAAGAAAGUAAAGUCAUUGGAUCGGGUGCAGUUUGAUUUAGCUAAUAUUCCAAAAAUCUUCUUAAUUCCAAACUUAGAUCUUUCACAAAAAGAUAAUUUUGUUGCUGUAUUUCCAUUUGCAAAAGAUGACCUUUUAACUCAAGAACGUAAUUACAUGCAGAUUGUUAUGCAUGUAAAACAAAUGCAAGAGGAGCUCAGUCACUAUUUGGACAUUGUGGAAGUUCGAAUAGCGGAACAAGUCGCAUCCAAAUCUCAAGCUUUUUUCCAUGCAAUGACGUCUCAUGAUGUGCUUAUGGAACAACUCACUCAAACUAUUACGGUUCUACAAGCACUUAGGAAAAAUAUUCAUGAGGUUGAUAAGCAUCUAGUCAAGAAUUCUUUAGAAAUUUUACGCUUGGAACGCGCUAGGUGUAAUAGAUUAUUGGUUAGAGAGAAAUUAAAACUCAUGGCAACCGUACAUCAAAGUCAACCUAUGAUACAAUUAUUAUUAUCUACGCCAGAUUAUGUGGCCGCAUUAGAUCUUAUUUCUACGACGCAGGAGAUUCUCUUGCAAGAACUGAAUGGUAUACAUAGCUUUAGACAUUUAAGUUCUCAACUUACUGAAAUGGAGAAGCUUGUGGAUAAGAUGCUGUCAACUGAAUUUCAAAGAUAUGCAACAGCGGAUCUCAAUAGACCUUUGAGUGGCGAGAAUACUAUCUUAGAUGGCGAUAAACUGGUCUCCAUUAUUUCUGGUUUACUACGUCAGAAACAUUUUCAAUUUGUGGAUACAUACAAGGAAGAAGCUGUGACCACUGUAAGAGCCUUAACGAAGCAACGGGUGAUAGAAGCUCUGGCGGCGAGUGAUUGUUGUAGCGAUCAGCAAGCGGCAGCUCUCGAAGUCGGAGGUCUAUCCUUGACAGAAAGAUUAACUUUGCUCCACAGUACUAUACAGUCUUUCACAUUUCUUCUAUUACGAGUUAAGGCAGUUCAUGAUGUAAUGAGAGACACUGCGGACUUGUCAGCGGGACGUUUAUGUGACGGCUCAUUUGAUGAAUCAGUACCUGAUCGAUUACUAACUCGAGAAGAACAUUCGCGAGUGAUCACUAAACUCAAUGAUAUGAUUACCUCUAUUUGUGAUUAUUGUCACGAGCGAAUGGGAAAUCUACUUUCAGCUGGAACAAAUGAGAAGGAUAAAUUCCACAAUGAUAAAGACAAGAUAAUUGCUGAUAUCUCGCUGAAUAAAUUAGAGGAUAAAGAUUGUCAAACGUGGAAUGAUAAGAGCUCUUGGUUGAGUGAACGAGCAACGGCCACUCAAGUUUGCCAAUUAGCUAAUAUGGUUGAAGAAUUUACAUAUGCUUGCGAAAAACUUUGUGGCAAACAGUGUACUGCGUUACGAUCAGCAUUUAAAGCACAAGCAAGUAAAUUUGUACAGCGCUUUCAUAAUGAACGCAAAACUAAAUUGACGUUACUAUUGGAAUCUGAAAGAUGGAAACAAGCUGAUGUACCAUUAGAGUUUCAAUCGUUAGUAACAUAUGUAUACGAAAAAAAGUGUUUUCCGCUUAAAAUAUCCAUGUGUGAGGAUGACGUAAAGAAUGAAAGUGUGGAAAAUUUUAUCACAGUUGGUGAUGAAAAAUUUGCUGUUGUUGGAACUGCCCUGAUGCUUAUACAGAUGAUACAUGAGUAUUGCAGGACUGGUAGUGAAUUAAUUGCCUUGUCUGGAACCAUAGGAAGACAACUAGCUGAAUUGUUAAGACAUUAUAAUUCUCGAUGUUGUCAAUUAGUUCUGGGUGCGGGCGCAAUGCAAGUUGCAGGCUUGAAAACCAUCACAAGUACGAUUCUCGUAUUGGCAGCGCGAAGUCUUAAACUUAUAUUAUGGUUUAUGCCUUUUGUCAAGGCACAUUUUCAAGCACUCACAGAGCAAAAUCCUAGUCGAGGACUUAUUGGCACAUCUGCUAUUAGUGGAGGAGUAGCUUUAUUAGAUAGCGUUGAAAGAGACAUUCGUGCGCAUGUUCGUGAAAUCGAGGGAAAAAUCCUCACCAUUGUUGACAAUUUGUUGGGUGGACAAAUAUCCAAAUGGACAGCCAGACCACCAGUGCCAUCAAAAUCUUUCCGAAAUAUUUCUAGUUAUUUAAUGAAACUUCAUGAAGCUGUUUCUGGAAUUUUGCCUACCAUCGAAGUACAAUCUCUUUAUCGUACAGUAAAUUCGUCAUUCAAGGAGAAGCUUAGAGAGCAACUGGUUAAGAUGAAUAUAGUGAACAAUGGUGGUCCGCAACACGGCGUGGUUACGUCGGAACUUACGUUUUAUCUUGAAGCCUUAAGAAAAUUAAAAGUUCUACCGAAUGAAGAAUUAAAUGAUAAUUGGAUGAGUGACAUAUGGACUAGAUAACAUGCAGAGCGUGUGAUAUAUUGUAUUAUAGAAGCAAUGAAAUAUUAUAGAAUGAGGUGACUAAAAAGAAAAACCUGUGCAUUCGUCUUCCUUUGUAUUAUUUAUUAUAUCCAAGAUAUGAAACAUAUGGUAGUAAUGUUCAUCAAUUAUCCGAUAAAUUUCAUGAAAAACUAUUAUUUACAUUGAAUUUUGAAUCAUUAUGAGAACAUUUUAAAGAUUAACACUUUAAUAACAAAAAAAUAGUUAAAAAAUGAUUAAUUAUAAUAAAUAUGGUGACAUUUUGUUAAUAUGAUAUGAAGAGAAACAGUGGACAAAAUGUUUCUAUAAAAUAAAUAUUUAAUAUCGAGGAAAGAAUUUGACAAACGCUAAUUACAGCUGAUUUUGUAUUGAUCCAAAUAAUAUAGAUUUUUAAAAGUAUAUCAUCAAGCAUGUUUAAAUUAUAAUUUGUGAAUAGAUUAUGUAAUUUAUCUUCUUCUCGAGUACUUUUACUAACCUACUAGUGUUCAAACAGAGUUGCUGUAUAGUAGAGUAUAUACAUAUAGAGUAUAUACCUAUAUAUUAUUAUAGAUAUAUUUAUAAGAAUUUUUUGAGAAUAUUUUUUUCAGAAGUAUUGACGAAAAAUUUGUAGAGAGAAACAGCAUCUAUUUAUUUGUAAUUUAACAUUAUAUUUUGCAGAUGUUUCGGUAAUAGGACCAAAUGUUAUAACUUGUAAAUUUUUUGUAUAAUAUAUUUACUAUACAUAUUUUUGAAGUUGUACAUAAGUUACAGUUUCUUUAAAAGUCUUUUUUUUUUCAUAAUAAAAGUCUAAUUAAAUUGUGUGGCAUACAAUGUACAUACAAAUAAAACAAAAAUAGCAAGUAUUUUAAUUAUUAUGUAUCUAUUAUUUAAAUCGAUUAUGUAAUGAUUAUGUGAUUAAUUAAAAAUAAAAGUAGUAUGAUUUGUGCUCCUAAAAAAAUCACAACAAAAUGUAUGUGCUGUUCAUUCUAAGUUCUGUAGAAAAAAUGCAUAAUAACACCAUUGUUUUUUGGGA